AAUUGAUCUGUUUUAGCUUAUUGGACUUAAGAGACAAAGCUGAAGUUGCCAGUGCUCUUAGAACUGCAUUGGGUAGUACAAAGGUAUGUUGUGGUUAUUCUUCUGAUAUUGUAUGCAUAGAACAUCAGUAAACUGUAUCUAUUUUCUGUACCUUACAUGCUCUGCUUUCUUGAAACAAUGAACUGCCACCUCUUACAGUACAUUUUGACUGCAGUCUUGCCAGUGUAGAAUUGUGUUGUUUAAGAGAUGAGAGAUGACCAAACCACAAAACAGAAAAAAAGCAUCUCUUUCUGAGCAGGAUUUCUUAAUGUUAUGAAAGAUUCUUGGAGGGAUCUAUACCCAGAGGAAGCAAGUCACUUAUGAUUCAUUGUUGGGAUCUCCUUUUGAGCUCUCUUGUGUUUGUUUGUGAAAUAAAGGAGAAUUUAGCUGAUGUUGGAUUAAUUAUUUUCUUAUAAAUAUAUGUUCAUUCUUUUUUCUUUAGUAUGGCAAUGAGGAUUUCUUAUCAGAACUUAUUACAAAGGCUUGUGGUGAGUAAAACAAGUGUGCAAACUGUUUCCUUCAUGAAGUUUCUAAUUACUAUAAGUGAUCAUUAUAAAGUGGAAAGUGUACUUUAAUUUUUCUCCUGCGGUAUCACAAGAGAGAUGUAAUAGGCCUCAAGUAUAGACUGACUACCGUGGUUAAUCAGCAAUAAACAAAUACAUUUGUUUUCUGUGCCUUGGUUGAACUUUUUUCCUCUUCAGUGAAAGAGCAGGGAGUUCAUUAGGCAUCAGAGAUUGGAGAAAUUCUCCGUUUACUGCUCUGAAUUCUCCCACUACGGUUCCUUAGCUAUCCUUCGACUUUUUAUUAUUCAGCGUGGAACCUCUUUCUAAAUAUUUUCCUCUGAUGUUACACCUUUUUCCUGCUACCAGAAUUCUUAUGGCCAAAUUUGUUGUAUUGCGCUGAGCAUUUGCAAACUUCAGAUGGGUUUUUCUGUUCCAUCAAUCAUUUGAGUGGGGGCGGAGUUAAUGCAAAUCAUGACUGGCAACGCUCUCACCCAGCUUGGCCCGCCAAAACAAAACUGAGAAUGACUCUAGACUGCUCAAGAAUAGCAAAGGAAAUCGCGAUGAUGAGUGGACUUUUUGUAGAGGGCAGGAGGCAGACAUUGCUUUGUUCUUGCAAGAGACUUGUAAGAAUAAGAAACAUCAGAAAAAUCUUUGUAGAAAACUAGUCGAUUAUUGCCUGAAACAGGGCGAUCACAAGCAACGAACUUGAAAAACGGAAACAAACAAAGUGGAUCGAAAUGCACCAAUCACAAGUAAACAUGUGUUUCCUAAGAGGUCCGCUAUGAUGAUUGAUGGAACAGAAAAACCCAAAAUUCCUUCUAAGUUUGCAAAAUGCGCAGCACAAUACAAUGAAUUUGGCUAUAAUGAGUGCACUUUUCCUUACUGCCUUGAAUAUGAUUUUGUUAAUUAUGUGUCUUUCUUUAGUUUCUCUUUACUUCAACCUUGAUUGAUGAUGUAGACUCUUGCAACUUACCGGUACAUGAUAUAAUUCCUGGAAUUUUCCACGUCACCAAUAUCAGUUUUUGCCCAGUUUUACAUUUUUUAAAAUCUUAGUUACUAUACUACCAUAUGGUUUCGGUUAAAAGGUACACUAGCCCGGCCAAAAACCCGGCCAGCCUAGAAAAGGACAGCCAGGCCAGGCUUUCCGGGUUUUUGGCCAGGCUUACCGGGAAAAUGCGGCCUGGUAAAGCCUGGCAAGUAUGGCCACAGCUAAGCUUUCUUGGCAACCUUGGCCACCAAAGCUUGGCCCUCCUGGCCUUGUUACUUUCAAGGCCAAGCUUUCUCGGCAACCCUGGUCAAAAAAGCCCAGCCUAAUCCAGGUCUUAAAGAUUCAAGCCAGGCUUGGCCAGGCUUUUUUGAAUUUCCAGGCCAAAAAUUUAUAACAUUAAGUGACUGCAACAUUAAGCCUCAGAAUCUUUGGCCAUUUGUUGUCCUAUGAAGGACACUCUUUGCUUUACAACUGCUAUUUUUUCACAAAGAAUGACACAUUGCCAGUUUCCACAUAUAACUAACAAAAAAUCUACAAAAGCAGUCAUGCAUGAGCUUUACAGACCAUCCAUGCCUCUUGAUUACAGACAAUGACUGCAAUUAAGUCAGUAACAGUGUCUGUAAUCAAAGUGACCAGUGACCUUAACAAAACUCUGUGGGCUCAAUUGAACUAUCUUUGAAGUUACAACCUUAAAAAUUGCCUUGAUGGUGUCUUGUAAAAUACGAUGAUGUUAUGGUUCUACAGACAAUUAUCUAUGUAGCAACUUAAACAUUAUAAUAUCACACUUGAACACGAAGAUUAUAAUGUUCCAGUCCAUGGAGUCUAAACCUUUGCAUGAUUAUUGUUAGAUGUACAGAGUCUUUAUAUUGAUAAAAGAGCUAUGUAAAUGAUUUAAGUCCUUCUCAUUUUUUCAUGCUAGAGUUGUACUUGGAUUUCAUGUCGAAGCAAUGGCGUGGUCUCGGUGUGUUCAAGAUGUCUCCAGUUCAAUCAAUUUUCCAUACCUGUGAGCUGAUGUCCAACAUGAACAACGUCCACAACACGUUUUUCGUCGCAACUUUGAUUUAUAAUGUAGUCCAGCAUUUUCUUUCCCAACUUAAGUUUACCUCUUGCAUUUAACACUUCGAAUGCGCUGGAAUACUCUAAUCAACGCUGAAAAUAAACGCUCUUUCAGUACCCGAACGACAUCAUCUCGGCCGCCAUGUUUUUUGUUCCCAGGCUUCCACGUGCCUUUCGCACAUGCGCGAUUUGAUUUACUUUGUCACGUGCGACUUUUGAACCAAUAGAUAAGUGUAAAACGAACUUCUGUUGAAUAGUUCAAAUUCACGCGGACUUCACAACUUUCUAUCAUCCAUGUUAUUUUCGAGACACAGUGAUCAGUUGCGAAGUUUGUGUUCACAUAAAGCAUGUUUCCAAGUCAGUUAACUCAGCUGUAUUAUGGCAUGAAGGUAUUGCUCCGGUAUGUUUUCUAAUAACUUCGCGCAAUUAAGCUUAAACUUCAGAGAUGAAGUGUCGAUCCGGCAGUCGGAAAUUCAGUCAGUUGCCUCUACUUCAAGAUCGCCUGAGUUUUCUAAGCAACUUCUUGAUGUUUUUACACAAAUUAAAUAAGAUAUUUCGGGCAAAUUGGACGUGGAUUUCCGACUGCCUGGCAUCCAGUAUUUUGAAAACCGUACCCGUGAGUCAAGAAUCUUAUGCUCAUGCGAGUUCGGAGAAUUUGUCUACAACAAUACGAAACCUUUAUUUAGAAUCGCUUGCCAUUUCUGAACAAACACUAAAUACUCUGGUGAGGUUUCGUUGAUAAUUUCUGUGGAUAGUCAUCGAAAACAUUGAGAUUUCACUCUAUGCCCAAGCUCGACAGUCGCUUCUACUCUUAACUCAAGGCAAUAUUUACAAUAUCUUAUGUGCUUAGAGGAAGUAAACAAGCUAUGGUCAAAAUUUCUGACUGCCGGGUAUCUAGUCCUUUGAAAACAGUUCCCUGCUGCCGGGUAUCUAGACACUUAAUAUUUCGAAUUUGGAAAUUAAAAUUUAAGAGGAAUGCACAGAUUAAUGCCAUUGAUUGAUUCCGUAAUUGGUUUACUGCAGAAAUAACUGUACUCUUUGUUGCAAAUCAUCAAAGGAAUACUCAGAAAAUUGUAUGUUCUGGCGCUAUAAGGUUAUAUGGCAGACUUGUGAAGACCAAUGUUUAGUAAAAUAGGAGAAGAAAUUAAGCAUAUUAGUUUCCGAUAUGCAUGCAUGCAAUGUCUGCUACACGUUAGAAGCAAUAAAUUUUCCAUUUAUAAUGACUUGAAAGUUGAACUUACAUAUAAAAUUAAAGUACAACCUGUAGGUUUGUUUAUUUGAACUUCGAUUCAUAAUUAUAAAUACACAGUACAUCACUGCAAUUAAGGUAAAAAACCAGAGCACUAGCACUUAAGCCUGAUGUGUGGACCUUCAGUUCAGAAGGCUGUUCGGCUACUUUGAAAGAAACAGUCAUUUAGCAUUUUUUUUUCAUAUAAAUGAUUGUAUUAUUGGAAGAUGUUUAUUGAAUUUGUCUUUUCGCUAAAAUUGAGUGCUAAAUUGCUUUUCUGUUACCUAGUAUGCCUUAAUAAGCAAAAAUUGUAAAGAAGUGGCCACUAUGUCAUGUAAUAUCACAUUAUUACAAUGAUAAAAAUAUUUCUAAAAAAAAAAUUGAAAUCCAGAUGGUAAAUGUAUGUGGUGAUGUGUAUGUUGAGCAAAAUAAAAUCAAUGAGCAAUGUAAAAUCACUGAUCUUGUCAUUUGGAUUAUAAACAAACACUGUCUAGAGAUCCCAUUAACAGGGUAUGUUUUAUAUUUUUUUCCAAUCAUGACUAGCUAUAGGUUACUUUGCACUAUAUUUACACUGUAUGCGUUGUCUAAGUUUGGUAUGCUUAAACUGACUUUUGACUCAGCAUUGCUAUAAUAGUCAUAAUAAUGGUGCAAGUUUUUGUGGCUUCAGGCAGCUUGGGUGGACUAUAUUCUAUAAGACUGACCACUCAAGGUAAACCCUGAACAAGUUUGCAUGCCCUGUGAUUAUGAUCUUAGCCAGGCUGGUCAAGGUUUCUUGGCAAGCUUGACCAAAUUAUUUUUGGCCCCGCCAGCCACAGCGAAUAAUUUUAUUUUAGGCCAAACUUUUCUGCUUUUCCUUGCCAGGCUUUGCCAGUUUUGACACCGGCCAGCCGCGGCCUGUCCAGGCCAUGCAGACCAUUUAUGUUUUUUGCUUUUCCUUCUCAAGUUUGGCCCUGGCCAACCGCGGCCAGGCAAGGCCGGGCUGGCCCUGUGGCCGCGGCUUCCCCGUUUUUUUUUAUCCCCUGGCCAACAUGGCCAAAGCCAGGCCACAAGCCGGGCUCACCCCAGCUUUCAGGCCGGGCUUUGAGCCUGGUCUACCCCAGUCUGGCCGGGUUCCUGAUGCAAGGGUUGGUUACAAGAUGUACCCCAAACUUGUCAACGUGAUGUUUUCAAGUUACCGUAACUAGCUUAAAAUUGAACUAAAAUACCUGGUUAUAAGGCAAACCGAGAUUUUGGGGUUAUGUUGGAGUCUCCAAGGGGGGCCACUUUUGGCAUCCAAUUUGAAUGUUUGCCACAUUCUGGAUAUCGCAGCCCUCUGGUGAUUUUUGUUAUUUUUGCUAUUGCAUGCAUUUGUGGACAUAAGUGGAGAACUUACUUUCCAGUUUUGCUUAUUACGAUCCUUCACCAGUGUGAACAAAAUCAUAUUUUUUCCCUGAACCUUUUCCCAUCUGGGUAUUUUCUCUUUCCUUUUUUAUUCCUUUAUGUAAGUUAAUAUAAAAUUUAUAUACAUUCUAACUAAGCCUGGGAAAACAGCAGACAUUUGGUGACACUACCGCUAGUUUCCCUGCCAAAUGACGUCUGAGAAACGGGCGCAGAAAUUCCACACUGAUGAUGCAUCACUACCCAGAUCUGGGUAUUUCUUCUGAUUGGUUGAAUCAAAUUUCCAAUGCAGUACAACCAAUCAGAAGCACUACCCAGAUCAGGGUAGUGACGCGUCAUCAGUAUGUAAUUUCUGCGCUUGUUUCUCAGACGUCAUUUGGCAGUGGUAGCAUCGCCAAAUGUUGGCUGUUUUCUCAAGCUAAUCCAAUUUGUAGUUGCCCAAUGAAGUAAAAUUCCUGCACAUAAGUACAAAAUAAGAGAGCAUUAUCUAAAAACACAGUUGGAAACACCACAAAUUGAUCAAGUCUACAAAGUGGAAAUGAAAGUGCUUUUAAUUAAGGGGCUAGCUAGUUCAGGACAAAUACUUAUCAUUUUGUUGUUGCUUUGGUUCUCAGUCUCCAUCCUGCCACAGAAAGCUACAUUUAAUGAAGAUAAUGUGAGAGUAGCUAAGAUUUUGGUAAGUUUGAAAAGAUCUGAGGAAAAACCAUGUUAAGCCCUUCACCAUUCCUUACAUUAUGUUAGGUUAGGGUAGGUUAACACUCCAAGUUGUGGCUGAGUCAGAGUCCUAAUCAGAAGCACAAGCAUUAGGAAGUCGUAACCUUGAGUUUUGAUUGUACUCAUGGCUGUAUUCCCUAGGAUCUUGUGAAAACCAGAUUGUCAGGGUCGAAGAGCAGAAUCAAAAGAAUGCGUAUUGAUUUUUUCUUCCCUCUUUUACUUAUAAAUGAAGGGGAAAACACGUUAAAUUAUGCAUAAUAAUAUACAUAAUUUGAAAGAAAAGAAUCUCAGAAGAUGAGGAAGUCUCAAGAAGUCACUUCCUCUAUACAUUAGAUAGUCAUUAAAAGAGAAAAGAAAAAAAAACUUAUAAUAAAGUAAUUUACAAAUGUAUGGAAAAUACUAAAAGAAAGUUAAUCGUCUAAUAAUUAGUAAUAAAUUACAAACGAUUAAUUGAGAAUUCUUUAAAAUAAUUUAAUAUGAUUUAAGUAAACGUUUAAAGGUUCCUAUGUUAUUUGAUCUAAUUAUUGAGUGAGUUAAGGAGUUCCACAUUGUGUAGUCACUAUAGCCCUAGGAGAGGUUGAAGGGAAAUUGAGGUGGAGGUGUACCACCUAGGCUCAUAUGCAACAGCAUGUACAAGUUAUCAGAAAACUUUCAUUUUAACUAUAUCUUAUUUAUGUAUUAUGAUAAUACCUCAUAUGCAAAUGAGACUACCUUAAUAAGAUUGUUGUUGUCGUGUUAGGGUUCUGGUAUUCAUAGUUCAGAGGUUGUUCAAGGAAUGGUUUUCAAGCGAGAGGUUGAAGGUGAUAUUAAAGCACUUAAGGAUGCCAAAAUUGUAGCAUUUUCUUGUCCACUGGAUUCCAUCAUCCAUGGCAACAGAAACUAAGGUGAGAUGAGUUACUAGAUAAAAAAAUGUUUAUAGAAUCUGCAGAGAUCCAAGGAAUUGGGUCAAAUUUGCAGGCAUCUAAGCAUGACCACAUCAUGAAGUGAACAAACAUUUGAUGUUUUCAGCCUUUUAUCACUUUUUAAAUAAUAAAGGUCUGUAAAUCAGACAUGUUGAUGGUUUUUGGAUAUAAGUAGUUUGCAAAUGCAGUUGUAUUUCCAGUUGUCACUUAUCUCAGCCCAAAAAGUGAUGUGUGCUCAUAAUUUUUAUGCCACAGAAAUUGUUUUGGGCUCCCACUUGCAGAGGUUACUUUUUGGUGAGAAAGAAGGGACAACUUAAAAUAUUUCUGCAUUUGGUGGCUAGGUUAAUUAUUUACCACAUUCAAAGGGACAAUGUCUAAAUAAUUUCAAUAUUUCAGAUGCCUUUGAAAAUAUAUAUAAUUGUGCUAAACAUGUCCUGACGUUGGACAAAAAAACCCAGCUACUUCGCUCAGAGAAGUUGGCUAAUGCUGCCCGCCCGCCCCCCCCCCCUAAAAAAAAUCAAUGAAACAACUUUCAAACAUUGUUGAUAAAGUCAAUUACUCUAGUCAAACCAGUUGCCUUGUCUAAGCUAGCCCCUCACAUAGAUCAAACACAUUCACUUCAGAAAUGAAAAGAGAGCAAAAUGCAAUGCGAGUUUAAGGGGAAAAUUGGAGGGUUAAAUGGUUGGAAGUGAGAAAAUGGAUAAACAGAUGAAACACAGGUCAAAGACAGAGGAUGUCUUGAUAACUAAAAUUAUCAAAAUGCUGCUCCUUACCUUUAGUAUGCUGAAUUAUUUGCUCUCAACUUGUUUAGGGUACAGUGUUGAUCAGAAAUGCAGCAGAGUUAAAAGGCUUCAGCAAGGGAGAGGAAGAACACUUAGAAAAGGUAACCUCCAGAAUCUUUUGCAGCCGUCAUAGACAGAUGAAGCUGAUUUCAAGCUGAUUUCUAAGCUGAUUGCUUUCUUUGUGUCACAUAAAUCAUGCUGCUUUUUGCGUGAUCUUCCUGCAUGAAUUUAUCUUGUGGCAGUUGUUGGAGUAUUGUCAUCAGGUGCCUGUAUGAGCAAGGCUUUUGAUUCACUUAGCUUUCAGUUGGUCAUAAACGAACUACACACCAUAAUUUUUAGGGAGUUAUUCUAACUCCAAAAAUGGAAUAAAAAUCUUAGGUACAGGAUGUUAUGAUAUCUAGAACUUUCUGGAAUUCAUCUACAUUUGCUUUUUAGAUAAGAACGUUCUAGAGUGUCAGUUUGCUAAUCUCUAUUAUUAUACCAAACGUUAUGUAAGUCUCUAUAAACAGACUGAUUAUGUAUUUGUUUGGAACAUUCUAGAAACCCCCCUCUUUAAGGUAUAUAAGUAACCCCUAGACUAGUUUUUUCUGUCUGUUAGUAUGUCAUUAGCUCUAUGAGUGUAACCUACUUCUGAAGAGAUUAAAGUUUGUGUUCUACGAGACCUAGUCGACUCAACGUUCCCCAUUGACUGACAAAACUCAGGAUAACCCCUUUUUGGGGGUUACUUUAACUCCUAAUUUAACUCCGAGUUUGGGGUCAUUUUUACUCCUAAAAAGAGUUCUUUUUACUCCCAGUCCGGAGUUAAAAUAACUCCGAAAUGGAGUUAUUUUUACUCCUUAAAUGGGUUGUUUUACCCCUUUUGGAGUUAAUUUAACUCUGAAAGUGGAGUAAAAAAAUUUUAGGUACAGGAUGCUCCUUUUAUGGGGUUAUUUUAACUCCUCAAUUUCUGGGGUGAUUUUUACUCCUGAAAAAGAGUUCUUUAAACUCCUUUGUGGAGUUAAAAUAACUCCCCCCAAAAUAACUCCACUGUAAGGAGUUAAAUUAGCCCCACUAGAGGAGUUAUUAUAACUCCUUGAAAAUUACUGUGCAGGCUUACUAAUUCUUGGAUGAAAGUGUACAAGCCAUAGAGAAGGGGUACUGAGACCUGUGACUGGGUGAAGGUAAAAAUAGGAUUUUCUCAGGGGUGCACAUUUGGACCACUUAUGUGGAAUUUCCUUUCAGAACGAUGUGCCUAACGUAAUAUUAGAAUCUAAUGCUUCAAAGUUAGUGGAUGUCCAUCAGGUCUACGGAGCAAAGAAAACAACUGAGACUGUAGAAAUACGAUAAUGAGAGGAUAAGAAAGUGGCACCAAGAAAAGCUAUUGAGUUAAGUCAUUUACAAUUAAGAUCAAGCUAUGGUUGUGUAAAAUGACUGAAAUUCAUAGGAAAAUAGGAAAGUUGAUCUAGGCAUUUGAGGUGACAAAGUGAAACAGACACAGUCCAUUAAAAUCAUUUGUGUAAUCUUGACAAUAAUUAUAGAGAUGCAUGUUAGAAAUACAGUAGUUAGGAUGGUCUAACCUAAAUGUAUUUUCUUGUAGCAAAUCAAGGCAAUUGUCGAUACUGGUUUUAACUGUAUUGUAACUGGUGGCAAGGUCGCUGAGAUGGCCCUUCACUUUUGUAACAAGUAUAACAUUUUAGUUGUCAGGUGUGUACAACUUCUUUUGAGUUAUUAUCCUGAAGCACAAUGGACUCAUGUUGAUAUCAUUGUUUGCAGGCUAAAUUCAAAGUUUGAUUUGAGAAGACUCUGUCGAUCAGUUGGAGCUACAAUACUUCCCAAAUUUGUAAGUUUGCAUAAUAGCUUUUUUUUAUUCCCCCACCAUUGGCUACCUCGAUUUUCAGCCACUGAUCUAAAAAUAAGUCCGAGACUGAAAUCAAGAGAGCAGCGGAAGUUGAACCUACCAAGUUACAUCAGAAUGAAAAUAGUCUUCGGGCAAGUUCCCCAUUUGAGAAGAGUGCUGCUCCAAUCUUUGGCAGCUUGCUCACCCGUUACUUUCAAUUGACGUUAUUUUUCUUGUAUGAAACUGGUUUCUUGUAGGGGGUGCUAAGUAAAGUAGUGGUAGCAGUAGCACAGUAGCAGUAGCAGUAGCAGUAGCAAAGCAGCAAUAGCAGUAGCAGUAGCACAGUAGCAGUAGUAGUAGCAGCAGUAACAGUAGUAAUUAUAAUAUCCCAGUAAGAAGAAUUAUCAUUCAACAAGCAGCGUUAAUCAUUUUGUUGAACUGAGCUUAGUCUUCGAGGUCUUGUGAAAAAUAGGGGGAAGACAGCACUAAAAAUCAUUGGUUACUGAAUACUUUUGUCUCCCAUCAUUCCAGACAACUCCCACAUCAGAGGAGAUAGGUCCCUGUGAUGAAAUCAAGGUGUCAGAGAUUGGUGACACUUCGGUUACUAUUUUUAAGUAAGGUACUAAACUACUUAAUCACUCAUUGGUUGAUUGAUUUGCAAAAACAAGAAGAAAUUUUAGGUUUACUUGUAGGUAUAGUGAAGUAGAUUAUCCUUGCAAUCGAGAGAUGAUAAAGUUUAAGAGAAUGAAUCUCUCCUAUUGGCCUUACAUGAUGAUGCCGAUUGAUUUCGAUUCGCCCGAUGCGUAUUUGUCGUCUUUAAACCUGAGGAAAGAAAUAAGCGUGAAAAUACAGUGAAUGUACAUAUGGGAUCCAAGCUAAACUAAAAUAUCAUCUCGGAUAAGUAUGUACACGGUGUCUUUGAGUGUUGUAUCUCAUCGGGCGAAUCGACUUACGUCCGGCGGAACGCUGUCAGGCGAAUUGACUUUCGGGCGAAAGGACCGCAAUUUAUACAUUCAUACCCACGCAAAAGGAGCAUCUCAAGUCUCGCCACCAGUCCUACUCAUUUAAUCUGCUGUAAUCUUGUGUCUUAGAGCGCGAGGAGACGGCUGUAUCUACUGUUGUAAUCCGGGGUUCCACCGAGAAUAUCAUGGACGAUAUUGAGCGAGCUGUUGAUGAUGGAGUGAACACGUUUAAAGCGCUUACCCGCGAUGAUCGCUUUGUACCAGGAGCUGGUGCCACGGAAAUUGAACUGGCUAAGCUGAUAUCCAGCUUUGGAGAGGUAUGUUGAGUUGCAGGUCUUAACAUAUAUGUAUCAGCGUCACUCAGCUUUUGGAUUCAAAGUGGUUAAGGCUUGGCAAUUAUAUCUGUGAAACGUUUAACUUUACUGCACACGCUUUUCCUUUGUUACAAAGAAAGAUUUUAAAAGCCUGCUAUUGGUUUCCCAACUACAGUUGAACCUCCAUGUGUGAAAAAGGCGCAGAAAAGGGGUUGGGGGAGGGGGGAAACACGAAAGGUAAAAAAUCCCCACUCCCCAUUUUCCUCCCUACCCGGUGCCCGCCCUUUAGACGCCUACAAGCAGGUGACGUGCGCCCCUUCUCCUAAGCGACAAGUUUGGAUGUUGGCUUUGAAGAGUCUUGACCGUGUGAACUUGUAUUGCUGAUAAGCCGUUAACUGAUUCCUGUUUUCGGUCAGACUUGUGCAGGCCUUGAACAAUAUGCCAUCGACAAAUUUGCCGAAUCCUUGGAGGUCAUUCCCAGGACCCUCGCGGAAAAUGCUGGCGUGAAACCCACAGAGUUGAUAUCUAAACUCAAAGCUGCCCACCAGGGUGGGGACAAAAAUGCUGGCUUUGAUAACGAGGUAUAGUUGAAGUACCAAAUAACGUAAUGUAAAAUUGGAUUUCAACACGGAGGUACUGAGCAGAGAAAAAGAACUGACAUAGCUUGAAAAUCUUAGGCAGUCGACACAAAAAUAAAUAAAUGUUAGAUAAUACUAAAAAUUUUUAAUUCGAUUUAAAAAAGAGAAGAAAUCCAGAUAAGAAUAUGCUUAAUAUAGUGCACAAGCUCAAAAUUAUAUAGCUAAAAAAUAUAUAUUUACCAAUCCUGAAUCCAGUUGUUUGAAAAAGUUUUGUUGUUUUGUUGCCGACCGUAUUUGCUCUGUUAAAUUGUUCCGCUCUUUGGGUCACCGUUUGUAAAUGUGUUAGCGUAGAAUCUUGGGAUUUUUUGUUUUGACCCUUUUAUUUUACAGUGGAAACAUGAUUUUCAAACGCCUUUUUGGGAAAAGCUUAUUAGACCGAAUUAUCAAGAGGUUCGAAAAAUCGGGGAUGAAAUAGGCCAUUUCCGAGGGGGGAUAAGUUCUAAUCUAACGUGGUGACACUAACAUAUCUGAUCUGACAUAACUUUGGAUGUGGUUUUUCUUAGGGUGGUGGAGCUGCAGUGAAAGACGCAGUAAAAGCAGGAAUCUUAGACUUGUAUCUUGUAAAGCACUGGGCUAUCAAGUUCGCCACUGAUGCAGCUGUUACAGUACUUAGAGUGGAUCAGGUAAGGGAACACAUUUGUGUCGUGCCGUAGCUUCUCACCAAAUUCUCGUCUUUAAAUCCAGUUCAUACAAUUAUCUUUGUCAUGAGUAAGACCUUGAGUAUAUAAAUGUUAAGUGUUUGUCUCAUAGAGUUCAUUAGCAACCUUUAAAAUGGAUUAUGGUGACGCGUUAGAUUUUUAAUCUUGUUAUAUUCCCAAGAUUUUCCACUUUUUCUGCUGCUGGCCAGAACAUGAGACGUAAGAGAUAUAAUUGGCGUUGCAACUGAUCAUCUUAAGAGCCGCUUGUCGAUCUUGUAUUGGUAGUCCAAUCCAGGAGUCCUCAUUUUUUACAACCCCAACUCAGACAUUGGUUAUACGCUUUAUAAGAGAGGAGAAGCGAUGACGUCACAAAAAGUAGGAUUGGUGAAAGGGGUUGGUUGACAUGCCCAGAAAGAAAAAGGUAAAAAAUGUCCACUUGCUAAAAAUCAGCUUGUUAGUGCAAAUUGGUGGUAAGAUGUAAGCAUCGUUAUGCGCCGUUGACUCCAUUUAAAUCUUUCUACAGUAUGCGAGGCUAAUUUUAGAAGGAUUUGUAUGGAGUCAUCAGAGCAUAGCGGUGCUUAUAUCACCCCCAUCAAAUUUUGCACUUGUAGCUUGAUUUUUAGAAAAUUGGGCAUUCUUCAUAUUGUUCUUUAUGAAUAUGCCAGCCAAUCCCAUAAUUUCACAAAUUUGAAUUUUUUAACGUCACACCUCUUCACUCUAUUCUGGAAAAAAUCAGAUGUAAACUAACGGGAAAUUUUAUUGGGGAACGCUUCCAUAAUGGUGCAAGUAACGAAACUAUUAUCCUUCAAAUAUGUAUUCACAAGUUAGUUUUUUAAACUGUGAAGUAACCAAUGGAUGUUGUAAUUAUGCCCUUGCAUUUUCAGAUUAUCAUGUCCAAACCGGCGGGAGGACCAAAGCCUAAAGACAAUCCAAACUGGGAUGAAGAUUGA